AUGCGUUCGUUCACUUUCGUUCUCGCCGCCGCGCUCGCGCUCGCCCCUGCUGUGACUGCCGCUGCGUCCGAGUCGCACGCACCGUGCACGAAGAGCAAGCAUGUCAAGGCCUUCGGUCACAACAAGCCGCACCACACCGUCGAACACCACCACCACAAACAUCCGAAGCACACGACGACGUCCCACAAGCCCGCCAAGACGCACACCGAGCACUCGACGACGUCCAAGUCGAAGAGCAAGGCGUCGCACAAGGCCACUGCCACCGCUGCGCCCGCCAACCAGCUCAACGUCUCGCACAAGAGCCGCGUGCCGUUCCGCUCGCGCACCGAGACUGCGGCGCCGAUGACGAGCCAGGCUAAGCCGACUACGACUCAGGCGGCGCCGCCUGCUGCGACGAGUUCGGCUGCUGCGCCGUCUGGCGACUCCGUCCAGGCCAUCUCGUUGCAGAAGCACAACGACCUUCGCGCUAAGCAUCACGCGCCUGCUUUGACCUGGAACACCGACCUCGCGAAUGCCGCGCAGGCCUGGGCGAACAAAUGCGUGUUCCAGCACGGCGGCGGCAAGGCAUUGAGUGCGGGCGAGAACAUCGCUGCGUACUCUGGCAGCAAGGCCGAUGUCGCGUACGCGAUCAGCUUGUGGAGCGACGAGGAGGCCAAGUACAACUACGACAAGCCUGGUUACGCAGACGCCACCGGUCACUUCACGCAGAUGGUCUGGAAGGGGACGACUCAGCUCGGAUGCGCGCAAGCUUACUGCGACCCGCUGUCGUUCCCCGGCUCGAGUUCCUGGUCUGGCUACUUCUACGUCUGCGAGUAUGCCUCGGCGGGGAACAUCGUAGGCUCGGACAGCGUCACGACGGCCAAGUACUUCUCCGCCAACGUUCAGGCGCCGUAA